AAUUUUGUUCCAAUAAUGAGGACCAAAGCCUAACUCUUCCAAAAGAAGAAGAAAAGGUAGAAAUAAUGAAGAAAUCAAAUUUUCCGCGCAUUCUGCUCUUCUUCUUCUCCCUUGCAGCCGAACAAGGAGCCCAAGCCACCGACAACACCCACCCUCUUGAGAAACGGUAAAAGCUUGAUUUUUCCCUUCUUUCUUGUUCAAGAACAAGAUUUAGAACUUAGAAAUCUUCUCCCCACAGAAAAUUUCAGAUUUGCUUUGUUCCUUCCCCUCCGUCCGUUGCUCUUGACUAUGGGUGUGAAAUUUUUCGGUUUCUGAUCCCCUAAGUUCUUCACUUCCCGCCGGUUUCCCUAACCCACCAGCUCCGAUUCUGCUUGCUGAAUUUCUGGAAGUGAAACCCGAGACUCGGUUAACUAGGGGGAGUGACGAGCUAGAAGGCUAGUCAGUAUUUUGGAUUUAGAUCAUUUUUGGACUUAAGCCGUUAGCCACAAAUGCUUGACAUAGGUGUAAAAUGAUUAAUCAUUUUUUUUUGUAUAUUGAGUUUCCCUUGGUUAUAGCCAUGACUGUCUUAUAAACUUUUGUACAUCUUGACUAGUAAAUUUUGGUAAUGGAA